CCGACAAAAAGUCCACAGAGAGAGAGAGAGAGAGAGAGAGAGAGAGAGCCCAUUCUCUGCCGCUUCCGGGUUCUCGACAGCGAGCUCUGGACUCCGCCGGACCUAAUUUUUCUCGUCCGAUUUCCAGGAAUAUUUUCUUAUUCCGAUUUUUCUUCGUCAACCGACUCUCUUCUCUUUCAUUUGGGGAAAACACAGAGACACUAUCAGGAUUCUUCCGUGUAUGAUUGAUCUUACUCGCUAUAAAUAAAUAGUCAAAUUUUUAAUACACAUGAAACGUGUUUUUGUUAGGUAAGUAUUUGAGAUCUCAUACUUACAGAUCUUAUCUUCCCCUUUUCAAUUAAAUCCUCCACCGACUCAUAUCCUUGAUCAAUUGAAUUGACAAACUGAGUUCGAUUUAAAGUCUGUGGAAUCAUGGAUGAAUUUGGUGUCCUAACGGAGCGUUAUGGUCUUAAACCACAAGGAAAAUCAGUUCCCAUGGCUGAAGCAAAACGAUCCACCAGCGCUAACGGUUCCCGCACCCGGAAUUUCGGGUCCAAUUCCGGUAUAAACUCGAAAUCCUCUUCAUCGUAUUCUUCACAUCCUGGUAGGAACUCCAAUUCCAUCAAUACUUCCUUUGUCAAUGAUCACGACAUUCUUUUCCAAUCGAGCGCCAGCAGGAAACCCAAGGAUUCUGGCGGGUUUGAUAAUGACGAUUUCUUUGGUUAUUUCCAAGAGUCUGCAAAACAACCAAGCAACAGUGGCAAUAAAUCCUCUUUUGAUUACGAUUCAAUAUUCUCGAAUUCGGGAAAUUCCAAUAAUAAAUUUUCUCCAGUGAUUGGUAAUAUAGAUGAUGACAUAUUUGCUAGUAUGCCUGGGUUCAAAGUUUCGGAGAAUGUUAACGACGAUAUGUUUGGGUCAUUUGUUUCAUCUGCUAAGCAAAAUACUGCCGUAGAUGAUCUGUUGGGUGAAUUUGGGGCAAAACCAAAGAGUUCGAACCUUAAUGGAUCGGGAGAUUUCCGGAAGAAUGCCUCUGACGUUAAUGACUUGCUACCUGGGUUUGGCGGAAGCAGCCCUCCAAGUAAUUGGGCAGAUGAAAAGACAAGUCAAUCAACCUUUGCAUCACCAGAAGAUCCUUUUGUAGUAUUAGAAUCAACUUCAACCCAAGCACAUAAAUCAUCAGAACUUUUAACUGAUCCACUGGAAGAACUCGGCAACUUCAGUAGUUCUGGACACAUGAAGCCUGGUAGGCCAUCUAAUACUUCACCAGCAUUGAGGCCUCCUCCUAGUCCAGCACAAGUUUUAAAGGCAGAUGAAGGUAAGAGUUCAGGUGUGUCUUCAAUAGAUGAACUUGAGGAGUUUGCCAUGGGUAAGGUACACUACAAUGCUGAUGGACGUUCAGAUUUUCAUCAUGCUAGGGAAGAAAGGGACAGAAAAAAUUCUAAAACUAAUAAAUAUAAAGAAGCUGAAGAUGCUGCAUUUAAGACACAGCCAAAUGGUGAAGAUGAUCUUGAGUCAUUUUUCAGUGUGGGUUCUAGAUCAAGUAGUGUACCAAGAUCACGGCCUUCAACUUGGGAUCCCUUAUUUGAUGCAAGUAUAUUUAACAAAGGAGAGCCUAAAGGGACCCAAGAAUCGUCUUUUGGGGCUUCACAUGGAUCAAAGGUUUUUCCCCCAAUUAAUGUUGUUGAUGACCUCUCUUCAGUUUUUGGAGCUGCCCCAUUGUUUGGAGACUUUGAGGAAGUGGAAGGGGAAAGUGAAGAAAGACGAAGAGCCAGAUUGGAGCGUCAUCGGAGAACCCAGGACCGUGUGGCAAAAGCAGUUGCUGAUAUGAACCAACGUGAUCUUCAAACUCAGCAAGAGCAAGAAGAGAGACGUAGGAUUGCUGAAACACUGGAUGCUAAUAUAAAGCAAUGGGCUGCAGGAAAAGAAAGCAAUAUGCGAGCACUGUUAUCAUCAUUGCAAAAUGUGCUUUGGCCCGAAUGUGGUUGGGAGCCAGUUUCUCUCACAUAUUUGAUUACUUCUUCCUCAGUCAAAAAGGUAUACAGAAAGGCAACCUUGUAUGUCCACCCUGAUAAGGUUCAACAGAAAGGUGCCAGUCUUGAACAACAGUAUACUGCGGAGAAAGUCUUUGAUAUCCUUAAGGAAGCAUGGAACAAGUUCAAAAAGGAGGAACUAUCCUGAAAUUUGAGAUUGAAAGGGUUUAACAGAUGAUCUGUUCGAAUGUUGAAACUACUUUCAUUUGACAAAUUACAGAACUUCCAUUUAGAGAUGAAAGAUGUAUCAUGUUCAUCGGAAGUGCUCUUCUGCCGCUUGCAAGAUGCAGACCCCUAGUAUCGUUUUGAGUCAUUUGUGAAGGAGGUUAUAAUCCAUCGGCUUCGGAUCCUUAAUAUGGUGUAUGUUGUAAAUUAGUAAUCUAGGGCCUCUUCCUAUAGACAUUUGCAAGUUUGUUCCUGUCCUGCCCUGGCAGAAAUUUUAACGGUCAUUGUACUUCCUUGGUGGAGAAGCUCUUUCCUUUUUUAAUAUGUUGUUUUGUUAAAAUAUAUUUUCUGAGGGUUUAAAUUAUUAUUCAGUUGUAAUAAUUAUUCUCUCUCACCGGAGCUUGAUCUGUUUAAUAGUGCAAAAUAGGGCUCUUAAUAUUCUGAGGAUUUCCAUAGAUACACCAUUAUGAUCCCUUGAACUGUAUAACAUGCCAUAAGGCAAAUGAUAUGCCGUACAUUGUUACCGGAA